CCAUCAACUCAAACCAGAUGAGACGUCGAGCCGGCUCCGUGCGGGGCAACAGGAGCUAGGCGCACGCCUGUGCGCGCAACUCUGCUUUUAUUUUUUGUUUUUGUGACUCAAUUUGUCUAAGUCGCAGUGGGUUUUUGCCAGUGAUCAUGGUGCUGGGGAAGGUCAGGGCUCUGGCUGUCUACUUUGACAGUUUGAAUGAGAACAACCUGCCGGUUUUCUCCGGCGGAGACCUGAUGUCGGGGCGGGUGGUAGUGGAAGUCACCGGAGAUGUGCGCGUAAAAAGCCUGGACAUACACGCCAGAGGAGUCGCCAAGGUCCGAUGGACAGAGUCCAGGAACGCAGGGGCCAACACGGCUUACACUCAGAACUACACCGAGGAGGUGGAAUACUUACACCACUACGACACCUUAAUAGGAGAAGAGAGAGAUGAGGACUGUCCAGAGGAAGGCCUGACUGUUCUGCACGCAGGCUUACAUGAAUUUGCAUUCAGCUUCAACCUGCCUCAGAUGGCCCUGGCCACUUCCUUCGAAGGGAAGCAUGGCAGUGUGAGGUACUGGGUGAAAGCUGAACUGCACCGUCCAUGGAUGCUCCCCGUUAAAGUCAAGAAAGAGUUCAUUGUGUUUGAACACAUCGACAUCAACACACCGCUGCUGCUGGCUCCCCAGGCUGGAACCAAGGAGAAGACCCUGUGUUGCUGGUUUUGUGCUUCAGGUCCAAUCUCUCUUAGUGCCAAGAUAGAACGGAAGGGCUACACACCAGGUGAGUCCAUCCAGAUCUUUGCCGAAGUGGAGAACUGUUCGUCCCGUGUUGUGGUGCCCAAGGCUGCGCUCUAUCAGACCCAGACCUUCUUUGCGAAGGGCAAGGGCAAGCAGUUCCAGCAGCUGGUGUCCAACGUGCGUGGUGACCCUCUGCCGCAGGGCAAAAGCCAGAGUUGGGAGGGAAAGAUGCUCAAGAUACCUCCCGUGUCCCCCUCCAUCCUGGACUGCCCCAUCAUCCGAGUGGAAUACGACCUCGUGGUGUAUGUGGAUGUUCCUGGUGGCUUGAAUUUGUCUCUGUCAUUGCCGUUGGUAAUAGGGACCAUACCUCUCCACGCCUGUGCGACACGGACAUCCAGCAUUAGCAGUAACUGCAGCACUUUGAACUGGCUGGGCCUGCAAGACACUCCUGAGGCACCCCCCCAGCUACAGCGCUCUGGCAAUAUCAGAGUGCGACAGGCAGGACUGCCUGCAGGGCAGCGGGGAGGGGGAGGACCACACAUCUCUGCUGACAUACAUCACAGAGUUCAGAUAUCUGCCCCCGCCACUCUACUCAGAGGUUGACCCUUACCCGGAUCCAGUGGAAGGGUGCGAGGCAGCAGACGUCAGGAGACCUGAGGCAUGUCCAUCCCGCUGAGGAGCACUCGGGACCUCAGACGUCGUCUGAACCAACAACCUCUGUGGCUCAGGAUACUGUCCUCUCACGGAUGAUAUACCGCGAUAAAUACGGCUGAGCGGGGUACGACAACUGGGAGAGCAUUCAGGGACCAUGACGUAUGGACCAGGGAUUUCAAGCCAUGCUCGAUCCUUUCCAUUUGAUGCUCAAGACGAGGCAAAAAAAUAAAAAUCUGAUACCACUGAAUGACUCUGUCAAGGCCGGAGCAAAAGGACAACAUCAUGCGUGGUCAGAGAGAAGUCGACCUGCCUCUUGUUGAAUUUUGCACAUACCGUAAUUACUGUUUUCUACACUGCAGAUCGCCACAGUAUAUGUGUACGCUAGAGUCUGUCUGCAGAUUGAAACCAUAUCCUACUCUUUCAUAUAAAAGGCACAUUUAUGGAAACGACAGCUAUCUUCAGCUAAAUGAUAGCUUGAGCUUGAGGUUAAGCUUGACUGUGGGCUGCAGGGGGCGCUGUCUGUAACUCCGUAUGUGGACGUGUGUAUGAAUGUGUGAGUGUGUGUCAGUUGAUCCACACAAGACCAAAUCACAACACAAGUCACCCAAAGGUGAAGAAACAGAAGAAACCUCAAGCAGACCAGGGGGUGGCCAUCUGCUUUGGCCAUACUAUCAACGACAAAAUAAACACUGUAAAAGAAAGCUUAACAAGGCAUCGUCACACAUGCAAAGACAGACAUGCUGCAGGUAAAGAAACAAAGUCCAGUGGUCACAAGAACCGACGGCUCAGAAAAUAAAACAUCCAAACGGAGUUUAGUCAGAGAAGAGAUGUUCCACAGAAUUUGUCCAUUAGAUGCUUCCAGAAGUUCUCAGCAUGCUCUGGAUUUCCAAAGUGUGUAUUCAUGUUUGUGUAUGUGCAUGUGUGUACAUGUGUGUGUGCAUGAGUACCGGUUUAUUUGACCAGGACGAUACACACACGGGGUCUAGACUUAAGCACAACUCCGACCAAGAGUACAUGUCGCCUGUUGAUUUUUGAACUAAAGUUUUUAUUGCUGCAGAUUUUCCAGACGUAAAAUGUUCUAAAAAAAAAAAAGGAAAAAUGUUUACAGAUAAAA